AUGGUCGUCUUCUGCAAGCAACGGGGACCCCGAGCCACCCGGGGCUCGUGCACGGCCGUCCCUGUACCCCCGGGGAGAAGCAGAAGGGCUUUCAGGCGGUUUUGGAGAAACGCAGCUCUAGCAAGGGGAGGAGCGGGUGGCAGAGGUGCGGGUGUAGCUCUCAAGGGAGAUAGCGGGUGUCUGCCCCGUGCUGUGCUGGGGUCCGCUGGGUGCCUGGCGCGGGAGCAGGGUGGGUUUGGUGCUGCGGUGCGUUAUGAGGCAGCCAGAAAGGCUUUCUGGUACAGGGAUUUAAUCCGUCGAGGGGGCACAGCGUGCGUCCCUGCAGUCAGCGUCCCCCCGGCAGGCAGAUGCAAGGAAGGACGGAGAUCCCAGCGGCCCAGGACGGUGCUGCGGGCAGCAGCAGGGAGGGCAGCCGGGGCUCUGUCUGCAGCGAGGCUGGAGGUCGGGCCGGGCUGCGCGGCUCCCUGUGCAAGGCUGCCUUGCUGCAAACUGCUCUUGCUGCUGAUCUUGGCUCUUACCGAGCACGACUUCCACCUCCCUCCUUGGGUCACUCCCUACCGUCCCUGGCAGCGUGCGCAGCUUCCACCAGAGCUGCCCUCCCCAGCACUGCCGCGUUGCAGGGCUGGGGGAAGCCCUGGGGUCCUUGGGGGCUGCCACCCAUGCCUGUUCCCCUCGUGUUUGGGCUCAGAUAGCACAGCGCGGAAGGAGCGAGAAGUGAUGCUGCGGCUGAAAGAGGUGGUGGACAAGCAGAGGGAUGAGAUUCGUGCCCAGGCCCACGAGAUCGUCUGCAAGAGCCGAGACACGGAGGCGCUGCAGGAGCAACUGAAUCGCUUCAUGUGCAUGAACGAGGACCUGCGUCACAAGGUGGCCGUGGUGCAGGCUCAGCUCAAGAGCGCGCUGGAGAAGAAGUCAGACCUGGAGGCUGUUGUGCUGCAAACCCAGAGGGAAAUGAGCAGGAGGACCAGGACUGCCUCUGAAGCCCAGCCACCAAAGCCCAGCCUGGUGAGUAACAAGGUGAGGUGGUGGGAUCUCUAUUUGCCGUUAGGGUUUCUGGGCUUGCUCACUUUCUUUCCGUCCCAAACCCACCAGGAAGGAGCGCCAUUGCCUGCAGAGGAGGACCCGCUGCACCAAGGCCCGACCAAGAGCCCUGCUCACUGCUGCUUCUCAAAGGAAGAGCUACAGCAAAUCCUGCAAGAGCGGAACGAGCUCAAGACCAACCUGUUCCUGGUGCAGGAGGAGCUGGCUUAUUACCAGCGGGAGCUGCUGAACGAAGAGAGAAUUCCUAGCUUCUUCUUGGAUGCAAUGAAAUCGACUAUCAAAAAACAGAGGAGAAAAAUCAGAGCCAAAAUGCUGGGAACAGCGGAGGAGCCGGCAAGCAGGUGAGUCCAGCUGGCCAGAGGCAGAGCACGGCGAGGCUCUGUGCAGGGCAGAUGCUGGCUGGCUGGCUCCGGCAUUUCCGCGUGAUGUGACACCUUGGAAGGGUUGUCCCCCAGGCCAAGAGCUGCUUCGUCUCGUCCUGUCCUGUCUUGUCCUGUCCUGUCCUCGUUCCAGAGAUCAAAGGUUUAUUGUCUGCGCUCGAUGUCUUGCUUUGGCUGAGUCCUGGGAGCCUUUGCUCUUCUCUGCUGGCACUCACAUGUCCCUGUCACCAGUCACACGCGGCUGCUCCUUGGCCAAAUGCUGCUUGGCCCUGUGUGAAGCAUGGCGAAGGGGAGGCGAGGUGGUGGUACUGGGACCUCCGCACAAGGCAGGCUGGUCCCUGCACCGUUUGGUUGGAGGCUGUCCCAGCAGAGAGCCAUUGAAGAUGGCAGUACAGAUGUUCCCUGGAGGCUCUGCAAGACAUUUGUGGGCAAUGUUGGCUCCAACAGACGUCUCACGAUUGGGAGGGGUGACCGUGCUGAGCGCCAGCCCAGGCACUGCUUAUCUGCUUGAGGCAGCGGGGGCUAAGCCUGCGCAAAAGCUGUUGUACGGCAUUGGGGGGACAUACAUGGAGCUGUAUUUCACUGGCUUUUCGGGUCCUUAAUAAAGGUCUGAAGGGGGCUGAGCUCUUCUAUGCUAUGGAAACCUGCUGUUGCUGCUUGCUUGCAUUGGAGUGUCUCCUGGCCCGAAGCAGCGGGGAGAAGCUGUGCGCUAGCUAGGGCUGCGGGUGUUGUGUCAGCCGGAGCCCUGGGUGAGGGGAGGUUUCGGUGUGCCUGGAGCGUAGUGCUCUGGUGCUGGAGAUAAGCGCUGCAACGCUGCCGUGCCACCGGCUCCCAGUGCGGCCAGUUUCCAGCUCUGGCAGCCCAGACAGGCCCUGGCAGGGAGCCAUCUCGAGAGGAGCAGGUUGCUGGUGCCGUCCGGGGAUCCAGACGGGCUGGGAAGGGCUGGGCCUGGCUGGUGGCACCUCUAUGAGGAGGUAGACCUCUAUGAGCUGCUGCUGCUCCCUCGGGCAGGCAGAACAGGAUUUU